AUGACCGACUAUCGCUCUGCCAACGGCUGGGGCCAGCAAUCCGCCAACUACUCCCCCAUUGAUUCCUCCUUCCAAUGGGACUACAACAACGUCCAGUCGCCCAAGAACAUGGUCAGCCACUACAAUGAUCUGUUGCAGAGAGCUGCCGACUUCUACGCCACUCUCGAUAACUCGUUCGACAGCAUGUCGUCGUCCGGGUCAGACAGCUCGUACAGAUCAACGCCGGAGCGCCGAGUGUCCCCGACGAGCAACAGCAGUGUCGUUGCUCAAGUCAAGAGCUCCAUUCCCGACAAGAUCGAGAGGAGACGAGAGCAAAACCGCUCCUCGCAGCGAGCAUACAGAGAGCGUAAAGAGCGCCAUCAGAAGGAGCUCGAAGAGCAGAUUACCCAGUGGCAGCAGAAGCACCAGCUGCUCUCCCGAUCCUACUCGCAGCAAACCGAGGAAGUUGCCCGUCUCAAGGCACAGAUCGAGCAACUCAACGGUGAAAUCACCCAGCUCCAGUCCGGCCUGCCCAGCCUCUGUGGCUCAUUAUGCCAGUCACCCCAAGAAUUCGACUUGGUGCCGUUCUUCAACGCGGACGCACUCAGCCCGCAGAGCACUCCUCGGCUAUCACAUUCGUUUCCCAGCCGGCGCAACUCGUAG